ACAACAACAAUUAAAUCGAUCGGAAACUAUUGGCAAUUAUAUACUUUUUCAUGAAUUACUUGAUCGUUAUCCACAUUAUUUUUUACGUGGUUCAUCAAAAACAGGUGAUACAUUUUAUCGACAAAAAGGUGCACGAUUUAAUUAUAUACCACCAUAUCGUGUAUGUGCAAAUGAAUUAUAUCAUAAACAAAAACAAUGGAUUUUAAAAGAACAAACAAAUGAAUCAAAAUCACGAACAUCAUCGGCACCACCAACUCCAUCAUCACAAGAUGAACAUAGCAAAACAACAGAUGAACGAAAUUUUCUUCCAGCAUUACCAACAAAAAAACAUUCAACUACUAAUAGAUCAACAGCACGAUCUUAUCAUCGUAAUAAUUAUUUUUAUGAUAUGGCUUUAUGA